AUGGCUUCGUCAAUCACCCCGGCUCAGGCCGAGCUCAUCAGCUCACUCGCGCCCGAUGACAUUCCGAUCAAGCUGCGGUGCGCCAUCUGCAGCAAGCUCGCCGUCAACGCCUUCCGCCUCCCCUGCUGCGAGCAGGCCAUUUGCGAAUCUUGCCAAUCUUCCCUACCCUCGUCUUGCCCGGUUUGCGAGCACUCGCCCGUGUCCGCCGAGGACUGCACGCCGCACAAGUCGCUGCGAACGACAAUCAAAGUCUUCCUCCGUACUCAGGAGAAAAAGCGCGAGGAGGCGCGGUUCAGGGAUGUGAAGGACUCGGCACCACCUCCCCCCCUCGAUUCGAAGCCGAAUCCAUACCCAGCUGCCCCCUCCGAAUCCCCGGCCGUCGAGACCCCUUCGCAGCCUGCUGCUGCACCCAGUGCGCAGGGCGAACAUGCCGAUUCCAGGCCUGCGCCCGCCGCGGACGCGAGUACGAGCGAGAACACUGACGCCGAUGCGGCUGCGGCACAGAACAGCAACGACGCGCCCAACCACGGCGAAGAGCCAUCCAUCUCUAAGGGAGAGGAGGACGACGACGAGAUAAUCAUCAUCACCGGCGACGAGAACGUGGCCAAAGGCAACGGAAACGCCGAACCGCAGGAGGGUGAUGAUGCCGCGGAGAAUGAAGGUGCCAAAGGUGAUGAUGCGAAUGCGAAUGGAAACGCCAGCUUCAAUGGUAUGAAUGGAGGCGGCUUUUUGAACAUGAACUUCGCCGGGAACGGCGACUUCAACCAGAUGCAGAUGAUGAUGGCCAUGCAGAACGGCAUGGGGGCUAACUCGUUCGGCAACUUUCCUAUGAUGGGUAUGCCAGGAAUGGGUAUGGACCCAAUGGCGAUGCAGAACAUGUACAUGAACGGCGGCUAUGGUCCUCAAGGCAUGGGCAUGGGAGGCUUCGGCGGUGGUUUCGGCUCAGGCUCCAAUAACUGGAACGGGCAACAGUCAUGGAAUUUCGGCCAAGAUAAUUUCAAUUCUGCUAAUGCUGCUGGCAUGGGAUCUGGUGACUUUGGCAACUAUAACUCAGGAUUCCAGUCAGGGUACAAUCAAGGUAAUUAUGGUCACCAAUUCAAUGACUACCGCCGCAACAACUACGGCAACCGUGGGCGUGGACGAGGACGCGGCUUUUACGGCGGUGGCUAUGGUCGGGGCGGAUACCAACAGUAUGGCGGCUACGGGGACCAGAGCCACAUGCAACAGCAGCACGGGUCCAACAUGCCCGCCCAAGCAUCUGACGUCGCUGGUCGAGCAGCCAGCAACGUGGACGAGUUUGGCCGCGAGCGCACCAACGAGCAAGGCGACGCCUCUCAUGCGGGAGGUGACAACAGCGGAGAGGAUGGUAGUGGUGGGGGCGAAGGUUCCAAACCCGUGAACGAGGCCGGGAACGAGGAGGGCCCUCGUGAUGGAUUGGAGAACGCUGAGGACGGAUCACACAUGGCACAGGAUUCCGGUGACUACUCUGCAUAUAACGGGAACGGUAUGCCUGUAGGCUAUGGACCCCAGCGUAUCCCACCCCCGACUUUCCCAAACCAGAACCCGGGAUUCGCGCCUGCGGCACCUGAUGUUCCUAUAAAUGCCCCGACGGGUCCCAAGGCCAUGCGCCAGGGCCUGCCGAAUACAAGCUUGCACACGUUGCGUGCACGAGGAUAUGUCGUUCCUGAUGAGAGAGGCGGUCGACAGGCGUCGGCUGAUGGGCCUGUCGCGCAGAGCCCCGUCGUGGAACAGCAACGAUCGAGGAGCAGCUCAUCUACGCGCACCAAGGAUAAGGACCGCAGCCUGCGACGGGAGGCGAGUCAAGAUCGUGAGAGGGAGCCUGACGUCAAACCAGAGAGGGACAAUGUCGCCCGCGAACGGGACCACUCACGCUCCCCAUCACGCAGCAGAGAUCAGAGCCGAGAGCGCAAGAGCGAGCGCGGCGACCGCCACCGGCGUCGGCGCAGACGCUCAGAAUCCAGGUCCGUCGACGAUCGAGACGAUGAGUACCGUCGCAGGAAGCAUAAGAGCCGGAAGCACACCUCAUAUAACGACGACGACGAGGUCAAGUCCCGAUCCAGAGACGAUGGCUACGAGGAAAGGUCGAGGUCUGCCUCGCCCAGCGACUCGAAGAGAUCCGGUCACCGGGGCCGCAGGGACCGCGACGAGAAGCGGCGCGACCGGGAGAAGGACAAGUACCGGGACGAGCACGACGAUGACUACCACAGGAAGUCCAGCCACCGCUCCCACAGAGACAGAGAUCGCGACCGCGACCACGACCGUGAGCGUGACCGCAAGGAUCGCGACCGUGAGAAGGAUCGCAAGCGCGACAAACACAGGGAUCGGGAACACCGUCACCGCAGCAGUCGCAAGCACUCGGCCGAGCCGCCGACGCCCGUCGAAAAGGACUUCAACCCGCCCACCGGCCCGCGGGGCAGCACAUCAGGCCUCGAGAUCAGGGGAGCGAGCUCCAAGCCUGGCCGAGCCUCGGACCGGCAAGACACGGGAAGACGAGGCUCUCAGGCAUCGGUCAAUAGCAAAGCCGCGCCUAGCGUGCCCACCAAGGAUGCCCAUGCCCUCGAGCGUGAGGCCAGGGACCGCGAGCGUCUGCUCAAGGAGACGCAGCGCAUGGCUGGGCUGGCCGGCCUGGCGGGUGUCAAGCGGGGCAGAGACGAAGGCGGCGACGACGGAAAGCGCAGCCGACGCAAGGGGCGCCGCAGCGAGGCCAUCAGCGCGGAGGACGAAGAGGAGCGCAUGCGCAGGAUGGAGGCCGAGCGGGAGGGACACCGUUGGGGCUAG